AUGAGGAGGCCGAUAUUCGAAUGCCCUCAGCGGCGCUUGGUCGAGCUCUUGGUCAUGGCGUCAGCGGCAACAGCAGCAACAAUCAGUGUCGGAAGCACAUCACUCAGCCUGUCUAAUUUCCAGCUGAUUACAGAGCUCUCCGUUCCGCUGGGUUGCCUGUUAUCAUAUAACAACCCCAUCGAAGGAUGCGAAGCCACCGACUUUGGUAGCACGGGAACGUGCUCCCAGAAAUGCAGAAAUGGCCUGACUCGCAUGCAAAGUAAUCUCCAGGACGUUUGUCAACACGAUACUGGGCCAAGCUCUGUCCGGAAACCUGGUGAACUUGCUCUGCGGCGCUCUCAACCAACAGACGUCAUCCGCAGUGCAGACGAUAUCUACCACGACGAUAAUCAUUCUGCCUUCAACAACCGCUAUUGCUCCUCCUCCACCUCCGCCUCCGCCGGUUACUACGUCUGUCGCUCCACCGCCGCCGCCACCAACAACAUCAUUAUCAACAUCAACGCCUAUUAUACUGCCGCCGUCGAGCCAGGCGCCUCUGCCUCCGGCAACCACAGCGAUACCACCAGUGUCUAG